AUGGACUUGCGUAGCAAUUUUCAACGUUUUUCACAAUUGUUUAGAGUCGGGUGGAAAGUGUUUCGAGACCCUCAACUGGAAUCUAGGCACACACCGUCACAUUACUGCAGGGAGCAGAUGAAGGCGCUGGUUUUAUACACAAGCUCAGAGGAACGCCAGCUGCCCUACCGAUCCCUGUGGCACACUUUUGUGGUUAUUCAACUGUCCUUGUUUUUCGUCUCACUGUGCUACGGGUUAACUGAAUCCAUUGGGGACAGUGUUCAAAUGGGCCGGGAUUUUGCAUUCAUUAUUGGGACAUUUUUUAUUACAUUUAAGGUUUAUUAUUUUCACUGGUUUGGUGAUGAUCUGGACGAGGUGAUUAACAACUUGGAGGCAUUCCAUCCUUGGGCACGAAAGGGUCCUGGUGCAAUUGAUAUACGCGCUGGCAAGCGCUGGAACUUCCUGGUGGGCUUUUUUCUGGCAUCGUUUUGGUCGCUCUUCUUGGCCAUCUUUGUCACAUUAUUAAUGACAUCACCCAUGUGGAUCCAGCAGCAGAAUCUUCCCUUUCACUCGGCUUUUCCCUUUCAAUGGCACGACAGGUCAACUCACCCUAUCACCCACGCCAUAAUCUACUUGUUUCAAAUUUUUGUCAUGACAUAUGGCAUAAUUUGGCUUCUUUCAAUGGAAGGCCUAUCUGUAAGCAUUUACAUGGAACUGAUUUUUGGCAUUGAAGUUCUAUGCCUAGAACUACGCCUCCUUAGCCAGAGAUGCCAUAGCGAUGACGAGAUGAAAUUGGAGACGACACGCUUAGUCAAAUUUCAUCAGACGAUUAUUGAAAUUUUAGAUCGCACUAACAACGUGUUCCACGGGACCCUCAUCAUGCAGAUGUCAGUUAACUUUUGCCUGGUCUCUGUAUCGGUCUUGGAGGCUAUGGAGGCCCGCAGAGAUCCCAAGGUGGUGGGCCAGUUUGGAGUCCUCAUGUUGCUGGCGUUGGGUCAUUUGUCCAUGUGGUCGCUGUUUGGAGAUAAGUUGUCUAACGAGUCAUUACAAAUUUCGGAGGCUGCUUAUGAGGCGUAUGAACCGACUAAAGGAUCUAAAGAAGUUUAUCAAGACCUCCGCUUCAUAAUUCAACGAGCCCAACACCCGCUAGUGAUGAGAGCCAGUCCCUAUCCGUCUUUUAAUUUAAUAAACUACGCAGCUAUACUCAAACAAUGCUAUGGAAUCUUGACAUUUAUGCUUAAAACUCUGGAUUAAUAACUUCAAUUUUCUG